AUGGCGGACAGCUAUGUCGGCAACACGAUGGCUACGUUCGUCAUGCAAGCUUUAGGGUGCGAGGUCGCGGCCAUUAACACCGUCAACUUCAGCAACCACACAGCCUACCGCCGCGUCGCCGGCACCAAAACGCCCGCCCCCGAAAUUCUCUCACUCUGGUCCGGCCUCAAAGCCGCUCAGCUGACUGACUUCAACGUCCUCCUCUCCGGCUACUGCCCCUCGGCCACCGCCGUCGAAGCCGUUGGCAAGAUCGGCCGCGAACUCCGCCUGCGCUCCCAGCAUGCGCCCGGAGAGUUCUUCUGGGUGUUGGAUCCGGUUAUGGGGGAUCAGGGAAAAUUGUAUGUGGCGGAGGAGACGGUGGAAGUGUAUAGGGGGUUGGUCGGGGAGGCGGACUUGGUGCUACCGAACCAGUUUGAGUUGGAGGUGCUGUUGGGGCUGGAGACGGGGUGGGUUGGGAAGAGGGGAGUAAAGGGGUGCGUGGAGGCGGUGGGCAAGUUGCAUGAGAAAGGGGUCAAGCAUGUGCUGGUGACGAGUAUUCGGGUUGAUGAGAAGGAGAGUGGGAUUGAGGGAGGGCUGUUGGUGGUGGGAAGCACAAGUGACAGUCACGGGAAGGCAAGGUGUUUUGUGGUCAGGAUACCGAAGCUGGACUGCUUCUUUAGUGGCACGGGAGAUAUGCUUGCGGGGCUCAUGGUUGCGAGGCUACGUGAGGAGUGCGGCGAGCAGGGUUUGUUGGACAGGAAGGGUUGGGUCAGUGACGAUGAUGUACUGCCUACGGAGCUGCCGCUGGCCAAGGCGGCGGUAAAGGUCUUGAGCAGCAUGCAAAUGGUGUUGGAGAAGACAAUGAAAGCGAGGGACGAAGAGCUGGCUAAGUUCGACAAGAGAUCGCGGCCGAGUGUCGGUGAGCUGGAUGGUGAUCAGAGCAGUACGGAAGAUGAGAGGAGGCAUUUGGCUGCAACGAAGGCAGCCGAAGUUCGUGUGGUGCAAAAUGCCGCGGAUUUGCGAGACCCUGAACUAAGGUACAAGGCGGAGGCUGUGUCAUAG